UAAUUCUCUUACGAAUUGGACUAAAGCCGGGGAACGGAGUCUGAUGUCACAUGUGCUUCAUCGGAGGAAACGGGGCAUCUGCAAGCUGGAUUUUGUGGAGGAUGCUGCGGCAAGUGAUCCACAGAGGGCUCAAGGCUUCGUUCUACUGGCUGGGCUUAUUCGUUAGCAGGCACCCCGUGUUCUUCCUCACCGUCCCCGCGGUCCUCACCAUCAUUUUCGGAUCUACCGUGCUCAGCCGAUUCAAGCCGGAGACGGACCUGGAGGUGCUGGUCGCCCCGACGCACAGCCUCGCCAAGAUCGAGCGCAGUCUCGCCAACAGCCUGUUCCCGAUCGACCAGUCGAAGCACAAGCUAUACUCGGAUUUGCACACCCCGGGCAGAUAUGGCAGGCUGAUCCUGCUCGCCAAGUCCGGGGCAAACAUCCUGGAGCUGGCCGACCAGGUCCUGCAGGUCCACAAGCAGGUCCUGGAUUUACGCGUCAAUUACAAGGGGUUCAAUUACACGUUCGCGCACCUCUGCGUCCUGAGCCACAGGGACAAGCGCUGCCUGCUGGAUGAUAUCAUCACCAUCUUCGAAGACAUCAGGCAGGCUGUGCUGUCCAACAGCACUUUCCACAAGGUGCCCGUGAGCUACCCGAACACCACACUAAAGGAUGGCCGUGUGUCUUUCAUCGGCCACCAGCUGGGCGGCGUGUCCUAUUCACCCAACAGCCGGGACCAGCAGGUCAAGUUUGCCCGUGCAGUUCAAAUCACCUACUACCUCCGCAACCACGGACCCGUGGUGCAGGAUGCCAUUGCAGAGCGCUGGGAGAAUGAGUUUGGUGCCCUGGUCAGCCGGCUGUCCACGGCCGAGGCACCCCACGCUUCUGACAAACUCCACAUCCAGUCGCUCACCUCCUUCAGCUUGUGGCGGGACUUCCACCAGACUGGCGUGCUGGCAAAGGGGGAGGUGCUGGUCAGCCUGGUGCUGGUGCUCCUGGCCGCCACCAUCUCCAGCUCCAUGAGGGACUGCCUGAGGGGGAAGCCGUUCCUGGGCCUCCUGGGUGUGCUGACCAUCUGCAUCGCCAAUGUGACGGCCGCAGGGAUCUUCUUUAUAUCAGACGGGAAGUUCAACUCCACGCUGCUGGGGAUCCCGUUCUUUGCCAUGGGCCAUGGAACCAAAGGAGUGUUCGAGCUGCUAGCAGGCUGGAGGAGAACGAGGGAAAACCUCCCCUUCAAGGAGCGUGUGGCGGAUGCUUUUGCUGAUGUGAUGGUGUGCUACACCAUGACCAGCUCACUCUACAUCAUCACCUUUGGCAUGGGAGCUAGCCCUUUUACCAACAUCGAGUCUGUGAAAAUUUUCUGUCAGAGCAUGUGCGUAGCCAUACUGGUCAACUACUUCUACGUCUUCUCGUUCUAUGGCUCCUGCCUGGUGUUUGCUGGCCAGCUGGAGCAGAACCGCUACCACAGUGUUUUCUGUUGUAAAAUCCCCUCAGUGGAGUAUCUGGACCGCCAGCCCACAUGGUUCAAAACUAUGAUGAGUGACGGCCAUGACCUGUCCACGCACCACGACAGCGUACCCUACCAGAAUCACUUCAUCCAGCACUUCCUGCGAGAGCACUACACAGAGUGGAUAACCAAUACUUAUGUGAAACCCUUUGUGGUCAUUCUCUAUCUCAUCUACGCAUCUUUCUCAUUCAUGGGAUGUUUACAAAUUAGUGAUGGAUCAAAUAUUGUCAACCUGCUGGCAAGUAACUCUCCGAGUGUCUCGUAUGCUCUAACUCAGCAGAAAUACUUUAGCAACUACAGCCCUGUGAUCGGGUUUUAUAUUUACGAGCCCAUCGAGUACUGGAACUCCACGGUGCAGGAGCACCUGAAGACUCUUAGUCACGGCUUUAACAAGAUCUCCUGGAUGGACAACUUUUUCCACUACCUGCGGGUGGUGAAUGUGAGUGCGUCAACUAAGAGCGACUUCAUCACCAUCCUUAAAGGCUCCUUCCUGCGCAGCCCGGAAUACCAGCACUUCACUGAGGACAUCAUAUUCUCAAAGAACCGUGAGACUGACGAGUACGAUAUAAUCGCCUCACGGAUGUACCUGGUGGCGCGGACAACUGAGAAGAAGCGUGAGGAGGUGGUGGAGCUUCUGGAAAAGCUCCGUCCAUUGAUGCUUAUCAACAGCAUCAAGUUCAUUGCCUUCAAUCCCACGUUUGUGUUCAUGGACCGUUACAGCUCUUCUGUCAUCUCCCCCAUCCUGACCUCAGGCUUCAGUGUGCUCACCAUCCUCAUCCUCACUUUCUUCCUGGUCAUCAACCCCUUAGGGAACUUCUGGCUCAUCCUCACAGUUACGUCUGUGGAACUGGGCGUCUUGGGUUUGAUGACCCUUUGGAACGUCGGCAUGGACAGCAUCUCAAUCCUGUGCCUUAUUUAUACCCUCAACUUCGCCAUGGAUCACUGUGCACCACACCUGUACACUUUUGUGCUGGCCACCGAGCACACUAGGACGCAGUGUAUCAAGUUGGCACUGGAGGAGCACGGGGCUGCCAUCCUGCAGAACACAUCCUGCUUCGUGAUCGGGAUCAUGCCCCUGGUGUUUGUGCCUUCCAAUCUGACCUACACACUGUUCAAGUGCUCCCUCCUCACUGCAGGCUGCACUGUGCUGCACUGCUUCGUCAUCCUGCCGGUCUUCCUGACCUUCUUCCCACCAUCGAAAAAGAGACACAAGAAAAAGAAACGGGCCAAGCGGAAAGAGCGGGAGAGGGAGAGAGAGCGGGAAAGGGAGAGGGAAAGAGAAAGGGAGGAGAUAGAGUGCAUUGAAGUCAGGGAGAAUCCUGAUCAUGUGACAAACGUCUGAGUAGUUUGUUAUUUUAGCAGUGCAUAUCAGUGGGUCAGUUAUUGGUUAAGGAGAGGUGUUCUCCAACUGUGAGGUGCCUCUACAGGUGCAGGGGAGCUUGAUAUGUCCCCUGAGGAGUGGACACCCGUCACUCCCAACCAAUAGCAGCUAAGCUGGCCAGGGUAGAGCGCAGCCCCACUGGUCGGUCAUUCAGUCCUUCAGUCUGGACAGUGCAACAUGCUCAUGGUUCUAAAGCUCUUUCCCAACUAUUUGGUAUAAAACACGAGUUAGUUGCCAGAACCUAUGCUUGCUAAGUCUGUAGGUACAUUCUAAACAUACAGUGUGGUAGUCUAUUAUAGCAAUAGCAAUUCUAAGUUCAUCUCCUGCAGCCCUUAUCUCAAAGACAGUGAGUGAGGAGCAAAGCAGUCUGUAAAAGGAAAAGUUGGUGUAAAGUGCUUAGGGUGAAAAUACACAAGUGCACAUAUUGAAAGUGGGCAGACGACGACUGUGAUCGCACCUCACUCCUCACACCUCGGUAACAGCAAAAAGAAACAAAAGAAAAUUCUGUGGAAAGAGAGAAACUGUGGACCUGGAAGCACACUGCAUGCUUUUCUGUAACAUGAAAACAAGCUGAACCAGGCAGAUGGCAUACACUGUGUCCAUUGUGAAGAAUUUAUCUUUCACAUUGCAUCAAGUGAAUAGUACUGUCAAGGUAAUGAGGCAAAUAUGUCUGCUUUAUUCCAGCAGUCAUCUAAGGUAUCAGACAAUGGCAAAAUAUACCGCAGUGGGCUGCAGUAUAUGAGGUGAAAGUGAUGUGUAACUAUUUGGCAGCAGUAUUUGAAAAGGCAGUAAACCUGAGGAGUUAUAUUAGAGUACUUGGGUAAAUCCUAAACUGCUUCUGCAGAUGACUAAAACCAAAAGUGAAGAGUGUCUUCAAGACUGGAUAUACAUCCCAGCAGAUUGAUUACAAUGGAACAUUUUUGUGAGGGUAUGAAUGUGUUUGUGAUCCACUUACAAAAGCUCACUGGCAUGGUACUGGUAAUUGGAAGGUCCAAAUGUGAUUCAUUACUAGCAGUGGUGCCAAAUGGUGUACAGAAACUUUUGUCCGACUGAUUUCUAUAAAAACAAUGAAAGAAACAACGAAAAAGAUGAGCUUUGUCCCGGCUAAUUUAAAUGAUUGCUAUUCAGUGUUGUUUGGGUUUGUGAAGCAGAUUACGAAACAGGCUUUUAAUUAAGCAGUGAGGCACUUUUUGUAAAGAACUCUGUCUUUGAAUAGCGAGACAAAUCAAAAGGAAAGAGCUGAUGUGAAACUAGUAGGAAAAUUCAAUUCAAAAAUCACAAUAACAUGUUAAUAAUACAAAUUACUAAAAGUCCAGCCCUGCAACAUAACCUUUCCUUAACAUUUGCUUUUUUUAAUUUAAUAUUUGAUUUUCAGCCCUCAAUAAGUAAUAAAUUAUAUUUUUACGCAGUCGAUGGAUCAAAGUGUGAAAUGUAAGGUGUUGAUCAUCACCUGGCGCUUCAGUUCCCCUCAAGCUGUGCAGACCUUUUUAGCAUUUUUCAGCUCAUUGUUUUGGUUGUACAACCCACGACAUGACUGUUUUGGUUCACUUCAACCACUUUCAUCCACCUGGUUUGCAGCAGCGGGCAGUAUUAGCCCGUGAAAAAGCUUUAUCAAUUUAUCAACUCUACAAAAUACCCUGCUUAUUAUACAGUCUUGGAAUUCUAAACUGGCUGCUGAUUCUCUGUGGGGUAAACAGUAUAAUCUGUGUCUGUCAAAGUCCGAUAGGAAUCUGUGAUGCAGUCAAAAACCAAACACACUCAAGGUCAGCAGGCCCAGCUGAUAGCGGCCUGAGACUGACCUCUGGCAGGCAGAUCUUAGCUGGUGGCAUGUGAUAGAGAGGCCUCCUGUGAGCAGAUGAGGCUGAUUGCCAACCUGUCAAUAAUGUCUUAGGACACUGACUGUUCUUACAGGGCUGUCAUUGAGGGGACACUGCUGUCUUUUCUCUGGGCUGCUACCAAGAAAGAGAACGUCUCUCAGCUAAUCAGGCAGCUGGAAGGAGGAUAGAAUAUUCAUGCUGUACCACAUGUCAGUGAGGGGUAUCUGUUGUUUAAC